AUGAGCAUUGAUUCCCCCGAUUACCAAGUCUUGGACGAUUUGGCACUGAUUUUGACCGCGGAAAAGUCGCUAACGGACCUCGAUUCCCUCAUUGCAGCUACAUCCAACUACAAACUCUCGUUGGAGAAGGAAAUCUUGUCUGAUUUGGAGAGCCCCGCGGAAACAAAGGACCUCGGCGACAAUGCACCUGAUUUGAGCUUUUUCACUGAUGCUUGCGACAGUAUUGGGAAGACCGGCAAGCUGGCCGAGAAUACACAGAAUGCGAUUUCUGCACUUAUCAAAGACAUUUCGUAUUUGGACGUUGCAAAGAGGAACUUGACGCAGACUAUGAGUCUGUUCGAGAAUCUUAAGAUGCUUGCAGACUCGUAUUUCGAAUGCGAAGGCUGUCUGAGAAAUCAAGACUUCAAACAAAUGUGUUCCCCUUACGAAGUAAUGAGCGGGCUAGCGAGAUCUUUUGGAGCUUGCAAGUCUGAGGAUAAUAUUGGUCGCCUCUUGGCGUCGAUUGCGCGACUACAAAAUGACACUUAUACGGAGAUCAAAAAGCGAUUCAAAAAUUUGUUGGACGCGAAAGGCAUCUCAGUCGCAGCGAGCGACGAAACGGUGUAUCGAGACGGUAUUUGCCGAAUUCUUGACAGUAGUGAGACCCAGAAGCGGGAAAUAAUCGAUAUUUGCGUCAGUAAGCUUUUGCAGGAUAUUGGCGAGAUUUUUCAGAUCGACGAUGAGGCGGGUUCAUUGGAAAACGUGGAAAGACGUUACGUUUAUUUCAAGAAAGUCGCGAGUAAUUUUACGAAUCACUAUGCCAAAUUUUUCCCUGCUUCGUGGGACAUAUCGAUGAAAUUGACGGCACGAUUCUACGCUAUGACGCGAUCAGAUUUAUCCCAACUCUUAAAUCGCGAAGUUCGAGAGAGCCCGUCUUUGGACGUUUUCAUGAGCGCGUUGCAGGCGACAGUGGAGUUUGAGAAGUAUGUGGAUGUCAAAUUCGCGAAUCGGCUUCAUUCAGAGACUGAUAUCGAAAAGAUUUCUGCGUGUUUCGAGCCUCACUUGACGCUCUGGAUCUCACAUCAAAACGGCUUGUUGAACAACAAAAUGAUGCAAUACAUGCGUGACGAUAAGUUACCGCCUUCUAUGGAUUCUUUAAUUAUCCCGUCCAGUGCCGAUCUUUUCCGAACUUACAGAGGUUUGUUGGGUCAGGUAUUAGAACUUAUAGAGAGUGAAAGCGCGAGAAACAAAAUCCUUAGUGAAUUGGCCCAGUUUUUCGCCAAAUGGGUUUCCAUGUAUGUGACCAAGAUUCUACGUCCCUUGAUUCUGCCGCCAGGUGCUAAAAUUCAGGAUAAACAGGAGGCAAUAAUUUACACUGAUCUUGUCAUUAAUACUGCGGAUUAUUGUUCGACGACCAUCGAUCAACUAAUAGAAAAGCUCCAUGAAUAUUUUACGCAACCUUUCGAUGCUGAGACGGUGUUUGACGCUCCCAAAUCUGCACUUGGGAAUGUGAUAUCUUCAGAGUUGGCCUUCCUGUUGAACUCUAUUGUAGAGCCGGAUUUGAAAUUCAUAUGGAGGGAAUUCACCAACACUAAUUGGGAAAAGAUCACAGUGGAGGACUAUAGUCGGUAUAUGGUCACACUGAAGACGGUGUUGGUGGAAGAUAGUUCUCCCAUUCGAAAGAUUGAUUCUCAUUUCAAUCGUGACGUUUACAAUUGGGUAUUUUUAGACAAAGUGAUCAACUUAGUCAUUGAUGAAUAUCUUCGACAAGUGAUUGAUCUUUUGAGACCUUCGAAACCGUUUGGAGUUCUGACUAAAGAAAGAUCGUUGCAGCCGAUACAGGUGAUAAACGCUAGUGAACAAUUGUUGUUAGAUCUCAAACUUUUAGAACAAUCGUUCUACAAUCUGAUCGAUCAAGUUUCGACAAGGAUUAAUGCACAAGGAGCAAGCUACAAGAGAGUGAGGAGACACAUCGACGACAGAUUGAAGUCAUUCACAUCAUUUUUGAAAAUUCUGGUUAUCCCAACGGAUUUACCCGCUACUUACAAUGAAAAUUACAUGGCACUUACCAAUAACAAUAACAGUAUUGUUGCAUGGUGUUUUAUGCUGGCUUUGAAAGGGACGCCGUGGGAUCUUGCACUGUGGAAAACGCUUUUCCGAAGUUUCAAAGAAUCUGUGCAGGAGGAUAGUGACCAGGGUCUUGGGAUUUUGGCCAACUAUGACUCCGCGAUCAACGAAUUUGUCGAUGGUCUGAGGACCAUACAAACUCCAGUAUGGCGGAGAUUUGUAGAAGAAGAUUUAAGCCUCAAACCCGCGCCGUCGUCACCGCCGCUAACAAGUCCCACAUCCCCCACUCAAAGACACAAUCUCAUCAACAACAAUUUCAAACAGCUCAUGUCAAACAAGGGCUUCUUUAAUAGAAGAAGCUAG